GUUCAAAAUCCUGUGAUAAAGAAAAGCUGCCACCUUUUCUAACGAAUAAUCUCCUUCCUUCACUCUCUCCACUCUAUGAGUCCAUCUUGAGAACUGGACUCUUUUCUUCCAUUUCUAGCGCUGUACACUCCACCAUUCACAUAGCUCCACUUCAAAUUCAAGUUCUUGCACCAUCAAGACUCUAGCUUUCUGUUCCAUUGAGGACCAACCCAUGAUUUCUGCUUUGAUUUUUUGUUACCUUUCUUAGCCUCUUGGUUGAAGAAAACCCAUUUUUGAGCUUCGAAGAAUUUAUGGGUUUUGAUUGAUUGUAGGUUGAAUGAUCAGAAGUCCAAACCCUUUUUUGUUUUUUGUGUAGGUUUUAUAGAGGUCAAAGUUUGAUCUUUUUUUGUUCAACAAAAUGAGAGAAGAAAACACAGUUGAAACUAAAUCGAAAGCAGUAAAAUUUGCUGAUCAAAACCAAGCACCAAAGCCACAAAACAUUAAAGGAAACAACAACAACAAUGGUUCAAAGAUCAAGUCUUCAUGGGGUUCACAUAUAGUAAAAGGCUUCACAGCAGAUAAAAAGACCAAAACGCAAACAAUCACAGUAACAGCCAAGAGACUUCCACUAGCAAGCUCAGAGACCACAAAACAAAAGAACUCUCUUGUGAAUUCUCAUUCAAGAGUCAAGAGAUCACUUAUUGGUGAUUUAACUAGCUCAGUUACAGGAAGCCAGGUGCACCCACAAGCCUACCAGGCCAAUCACAGGAGACAAUCUUCAGGGUCAAGAGAUUUGUUUGUGGAAUUAGACCAAUUAAGGAGCUUGCUUCAAGAAUCAAAAGAAAGGGAAUUUAAGUUACAAGCAGAGCUAUCAGAGGUUAAGAGGAAUGGAAGAGUAGUGGAUCUUGAAAGGGAACUUGAAGCUAGAAGAAACGAAGUGGAUGAGCUCUGUAAGAGAAUUGGGGUUUUGGAGUCUGAAAAAAGUGGUCUUUGUGAACAAGUGAAUGAGUUGUGUUUGAUUUCAGAGAAGAGAAGUGAAGAGAUAUUGAAAAGGGAAGGGAAUGAGAGUUCAGUGGGGAAUCUUGAAAUGGAAGUUGUGGAAUUGAGGAGAUUGAAUAAGGAGCUGCAGAUGGAUAAGAGGAAUCUUGCUUGCAAGCUCUCUUCUUUGGACUCUCAAUUGGCUUCUCUUGCCAGGUCUUCUGAGAGUGAUGUUGUUGCAAAAAUAAAAGCUGAGACAUCUUUGCUAAGGCACACAAAUGAAGAUUUGUGUAAACAAGUUGAGGGUCUACAGAUGAGCAGACUAAAUGAGGUAGAGGAGCUAGCUUAUCUGAGGUGGGUCAAUUCAUGUUUAAGAGAUGAAUUGCGUAAUUCAUGCUCAACGAUGAAUUCUGACAAGGCCUCAAGCCCCAAAUCGGUAGAGAGGAGUAAUGAAUCUGCUGGCUCAAUUUCUUGCCAGAGUAAUGACUACUUAGAAAGUAAUAGUAAAAUGAGACUGAAUUUUAUUAAAAAGUUGAAGAAAUGGCCUAUUACUGAUGAAGAUUUGCCAAAUUUAGAAUGCCAAGAUAAAAAUUGGGUCCACUCGGAAGAUGGGAGAAGUCCUAGAAGAAGACACUCUAUAAGUGGAUCAAAGAUCUGUUUAGAAGAUUUGGCACCGAAUAGGAGAAGGCAAUCUGAUGUUUUUAUGUGUAUAAAGGAAAUGGAAAACGAAGUAGAGCUUGUAAGUUCCGAAAAGUAUGAGUUGGAUAUAAUGCAAAGACCCCAAAUCCUUGCAAACUGCCAAGAGACCAACAAAAUUGUAGGUCCAUUAGAUGUCGAGAAAAGGACUUUGCGUGUUCCAAAUCCCCCUCCAAGACCCUCAUGUUCUGUUUCUGCUGGACCUAAAGAGGAAGUUCAAGCUCAAGUUCCACUCCCACCACCGCCUCCGCCUCCGCCUCCCCCACCACCGCCUCCGAAGUUCUCAGUGAGGAGCACUAAAGCAGGAGUGGUGCAGCGAGCACCUCAAGUUGUGGAGUUUUACCAUUCAUUGAUGAAGAGGGACUCCAGAAAGGAGUCUUCAAAUGGAGGAAUCUGCGAAGCCUCAGAUGUUGCGAAUGUUCGGAGCAACAUGAUUGGUGAGAUUGAGAACCGGUCAUCACAUUUGCUUGCUAUUAAGGCAGAUGUUGAAACUCAAGGAGAAUUUGUCAAUUCUCUGAUCAGAGAGGUCAACAAUGCUGUUUACCAGAACAUUGAAGAUGUUGUAGCAUUUGUGAAGUGGCUUGACGAUGAACUUGGCUUUCUUGUGGAUGAAAGGGCAGUCCUGAAGCACUUUGAUUGGCCAGAAAAGAAAGCUGACACAUUGAGAGAAGCAGCAUUUGGGUUUAGUGAUCUCAAGAAAUUGGAGUCUGAGGUGUCUUACUACAAGGAUGAUCCCCGAGUUCCAUGUGACCUUGCUCUAAAGAAAAUGGUUGCUUUGUCUGAGAAGAUGGAACAUACAGUUUAUAACCUUCUACGAACAAGAGAGUCCUUGAUGCGCAAUUGCAAAGAAUCCCAAAUUCCCUCGGAUUGGAUGCUUGACAAUGGGAUUAUUAGCAAGAUAAAGUUUGGCUCAGUUAAGUUGGCGAAGAAGUACAUGAAGAGGGUAGCCACGGAAAUCCAGUCGAAGGCAGCAGCAGCGCUAGAAAAAGACCCUGCUCUAGACUAUAUGCUACUUCAAGGGGUUAGAUUUGCUUUCAGAAUCCAUCAGUUUGCUGGAGGAUUUGAUGCAGAAACAAUGCAUGCGUUUGAGGAACUUCGCAACCUUGCUCACCUGCUUAACAAAAAGUAAAGAUGAAUGGUGGGGAGUGGGAGCAAUUCGGGCUUGCCAUCUGAAUGAGCUUUACUUGGAUAUCUAAUCUAUAUUAUAUAGUGAAGAUCUGGCUGGGGUAGUGUAUGUAUGGUGUGGUUUGCUCAGGGUUUUAAACAGUUGAAAGUUGUACAAGUUUUGUGUGUGAUAUAGGAAGCAAUUUUGUUUGUGCUUUUACUCAUUCUUAAAACAAAGGAAUGUAAAAAUUUGAUGAGAAUGCGUACACCUGUUCAUACUCAA